UCCGUUUCACAAGUUCAAGAACAACCUGGUCUUCAGUCUACUGGCACACUUCAAAGAAAUUAUUUCGUGCAGCACCCGACCAAAGUGCACCAGUGACCACAGUGCCAGUUAGUGAAAAAAUAAAGUAGAAAAAAGGUGGUUCAAAUAUGGAUUGGCAAUUUUGAGUGAAACGCACCGAAAAUUAUUGUUUGCUAGAUUUGCAAUUUUUCGAGUCUCAUAAGUGCCAGAGUCAGGACAGGAUGGCCAUUAGCAAAAAUACGGUUUUUGCGAUUAUAACAGUAUUAAUCUCUUCUGUGACCACAGCCUUAGGAAAAAUCCCCACUCAGUGCCAGGGAAGCGGUGGGCUUAAGUACCUUUGGGGCGAUGCCUUGACGGAUUCGCCCAAUUGUUUGGGCCCCAACGACACCCCCUAUCCAACAUCGGCCAUCGAGCGGUCGUUUAGGAGCUCAAAUGCGUGGCCUGGGAGCUCGAGACAGGGCAGGGCCCGAAAAACGAUCGACCCGUUUAUCACCCAGAAAGCCCUACUUGCCGCUCAUGAAUACAGUUUCGAUUCAGCAUCGAUUUCUAGGACAGCGAGGGCGGCCAACGUGUCCCCCGCGAGCACCUGCACGGGGACGCCGUCCCGCUUGUGCAAGACGCGCUACAACACCACAGCCCCCAUGUACGGGGUGUCCCUGACCUCGGGCCAGCCCGUCACGAUCGUGCAAAAGUUCCCCGAUUUGCUGCAACAAGUCGUCUUCGAGGUUUGCGAGAGUUCGGAAUGUGACGUCGUUCGAGGCGAAUGCACCCAAACCUACGUCCCUUACCUGUUCCUGGUUAUCCCGCUAGGGCCGGUCACUCUGACGGGACAAGAUUAUGUGUUAGUUGAAAGUGGGUGCGUGUGUAGACCGAAAUACGCCUCUCAGAAUAACCAAGAGGCGAGUGCGAUGGCUUCAAUACCGAGAUUGUAACGAGGGGUGGAUAAGUGCUAUUACAAACAAAAUUAUUCAUGUGCUCAUACUUGAUUUUUACUUGUGUAAGAUAUUUAAGUAAUUAAUUUAUGUUUUUAUAAAUAUUUAUAACUAUUAAUAAAAGAUAUAUUUUUA